UGCACAGAGAGUUCAUCGCUGUGGCGGAGACUACCGAGCGUGCGUCAAACCGCUCAGAGUUUAAUAAAAAGGAAGGGCGGGGAAAUAUCGGGGCAAUUUAGUUUGUGCGACUUUUAUUGCUGCUGUGAUAUAACCCAGCUACCCGUUUGACUGUUUUAUUGUUUGGAGAGAGCAGUGAGCGUUAAUGAAAGGUUUAGAGAAAGUUGUUGCUGAGUUGUGUGUGAGUUCUUAACAGCGCUCCUGGCUCGUCUGCUCCUGUCAUCAUUACGCACGGGAGGAAUCCCGUACCAGGAGAGACAACAUAACGUUGAGAACAGGACUGUUGAGAAACAGUAGUAGAACAGAGAAGAAAACAUUAACUUUCGCAUCAUGAAGACUGGAGGGACUGAGUGUGAGCCUGUUGAGAGACUGUCCUGGGGCUUUACUGGAGGUCAAGGGAGGAUUAAGCUGUCUCUAGCCCACCCAGGGCUGCUGCUUCUGGGGAUGGUACUGCUGGUCCUCCUGCCUUCUGGAGAAAGUGUCAAACAGAGUGUCCCCAGAGUCCAACUCAGCUACAAAGAGCUGGUCCAGAGUGGUAGUGUAUCAGUGUUCCUGAGUCCUACUGAUGGUCUCCAUUCCCACUCUGUGUUGUUGGAUGAGGAGAGAGGCAGGCUGCUGCUGGGAACCAGAGACUCAGUUUACCUACUGGACCCUGACCACCUCAGUAGAGCCCCCAGGAAGAUCAGCUGGCCAGCCCCCAGAGACAGAGUUGAGAUGUGUAAACUGGCCGGCAAGAGUGCUCAUUUGGAGUGUGGCAAUUUUGUGCGUGUGCUCCACAACUAUAACCACACCCAUCUUUAUGCCUGUGGGACAGGAGCCUUCCACCCCAUUUGUGCCUUCAUUGAGAUCUCAGGACACAGAGAGGAGGGUGUGUUCCAGUUGUUGUCCGGUACAGUGGAGUCUGGGAGGCUGAAAUGUCCUUACGACCCCAGGCAACCUUUCACCUCUGUGCUCACAGAUCAAUUCCUGUAUGCGGGCACAGCAUCAGACUUCCUGGGUAAAGACACAACAUUCACCCGCUCCCUGGGCCCACCCCCUGACCAGCACUAUAUACGCACUGAGAUCUCAGAGGACUACUGGAUCAACGAGGCCAGGUUUAUAUCAGCUCACCCUGUGUCCGACACCUACAACCCUGACGAUGACAAGAUCUACUUCUUCUUCCGAGAGUCAUCACGGGACAGGAGCGAUAAGAGUGUCCUGUCCCGCGUCGCACGUGUCUGCAAGUGUCCCAGUAAGACAUAUGACCCCAGGAUAAAAACCACCAAGGACUUCUCAGACGAGGUGGUCAGCUUCAUCCGCUUCCACCCACUCAUGUUCCGCUCUGUCUACCCCCUGACCGGCCGGCCCGUGUUCACACGUGUACGUGUCGACUACGCACUGACACAGAUAGUGGUGGACCGCGUCAUGGCUGAGGAUGGACAGUAUGAAAUCAUGUUUCUGGGUACAGAUGCUGGGUCAGUGCUGAAGGUGGUGAGCAUCACUCAGGAGAACUGGUCCACUGAGGAGGUGAUUUUGGAGGAACUCCAGGUGUUCCAGACUCCCACUCCAAUCCUGAGUAUGGAAAUCUCUUCUAAACAGCAACAGCUAUACGUGGGUUCGGGGGCGGGGCUAGCCCAGGUGUCACUGAGCAGAUGUCACCUGUAUGGUCAGGUGUGUGCAGAGUGCUGCCUCGCCAGAGACCCCUACUGUGCCUGGGAUGGACACACCUGCUCACGGUACAUCCCUGCAUCCAAGAGGAGAGCUAGGAGACAAGACAUUAAACAUGGAGACCCAUCCAGCCAGUGUUGGGACACAGAUGACACUCUGCGUGGAGGCAGGGUGGAGGAGAGGAUAAUGUUUGGGGUGGAGAAUAACUCAACCUUCCUGGAGUGUCUCCCCAAAUCACAACAGGCCACCAUACGCUGGUUCAUACACAGACCUGGAGCUGAACACAGAGAGGAGGUGAGGCCAGAUGACAGAGUGGUCCUUACAGACCGUGGUUUUCUCAUCCGCUCUCUCCAUCCUUCCGACGCUGGCGUGUAUGAGUGUGUGGCACAGGAACACACUCACUUCACACACACUUUGCUCCGCCUUACACUUCGUCUCAUUCCCUACGGGCAUCUGGAUGGGCGGACCAAGCCCAGCGAGGACCCCAGCGUCGAAGUUCGCCCCGGGACUGAGUCUCGUCAGCGCUAUAAGGAUUAUCUGCGUGUGAUGAGUUCUCCCAUUGGCUCGCUGGAGGACUACUGUGAUUCGCUGUGGCUGGAAAAGAGGCCAACAAAUAGGAGAGGGGGGAGAGGGCAAGGGGCAGGAAAAUGGAAACACAUCCAGGAGCUGAAGAAGAGCAGGAACAGACGACACCAUGGAGAGAGGGGUGCAGAGAGGGAUAAAGAGAAGGAUGGCGAGAGGGUAGGGCAGUGGAGGAGUGGAUGAAGUGGUGAGGGUAACAAAGAGGAGGAGUUGCUACUGAAACAGCAGUAGCCAAAAGUGUAAUCAGUCAAAAUAUUAGGGGAGACCAUCAAUGUUUAUAGGUGUAAGGGGGGACAAUAGGGAAGAUGAUCAUGUUUAGUUGAGGGCCAGUUAUAACGACAUGGGAACUGGGAUCCUGCAGUUGAUAAUAUGGACCACGAUAGACUCUUCUUACAGAGGUAUAAUCUUCUUUCAUACCAGUCAAACACUCAUAGGGCUCACGUAGGCCUGGCUUCUCAAACUACACUACCCAUGAUCCCUAUGGCUGUCUCAAUAGUGUCUCAGUGCCUUUACUGACGUAUCAAAGUAACCUUAUUUAAGAAGGGCUGCAGCUAAUGUCAAAGGUUAUUUAAAAUUCCAGCGAAAGUUUAGACCUUGCCUGCCGAAUUUGUGAGUAGAAUGUUUAGAAUCAUUAUGUUUUGAUCGUAGUACACGUCAACGAUGUAGUUGUACAUUUAAGUGGAACAUCACUGCAAUCACUUUGCCUUAGUUGUCAAACUGAUAUUGGCUACACUUGCUACAAACAACUUUUUUGACAAUUUGAACUACCGCCCUUGCAAGCUAGCAAGCAUUAACUAACUAAGCUGGCUUUCGGUGGGGGGGUAGGUGUGUUCAAAGCCUAAGGUAUAAUCCCCAGAGUGUGACGUGGCCUUGACAUUAGCUGCAUCCCUUCUAGCCAUAACUCUAUUUUAGCCGAAUGAGACGUGCCCAGAGCUCAGUGUUUUGUGUCUUAAUCAGAUGCAUUCAUGUUGAACGACUGUAAAUACUUCUAUAACAUGUACAGGUGAAACUGCAUGCUCUAGUUAAGCUUAGAUAGGACAUAUUCUACUGCUACUAUGAUAAUCACAUUAUGUCUAGAAUGAACAAAGAAUCAUAUUUUUGUACAAAGUGAAUGUUUCUCUUUUUGUAGGUAGAUUUAUUUUGGUAGAGUCUGAAAGUUCUGUAAAUAAACUAUUGUCUUAUAA